AAAAGGGGAUUUACUCAUUUGGCUGAAUGACUGAGAAGGAGGGAGGGGAGGCAAAAGAGGCGUGGAAUGGGGAGAGAUAGAGAGAAGGAGGCUUUUACACUCACUCAUAAACAGAUGGGCUUUAAGGUGCAGAACUCAGGAGAGGGCAAAUGCCAGGAAAGGGAGAGAUAGGUGCAAGAGGCAGUUAGGGGGGGAGAAAACAUUGAAGGAGGGGAGAGAAGAGGGUGGGAAACUUUGUGACUUCAUCCUGGUCCUUGCUUUAAAGCUUGUGGAGCUAGCGCAGCACCCACAGACCUAGGACACAGCACAUCAGAGCCAGGCACGCUUGGUGCUCUUACCCACUUCUUGGGGGGCACUGGCACCACCGCGUUCCCUCACCAUUCCCUCAACCUCCACCAUCGCCAGCAGUAACCCAUGAGAUUCUUCCGGCUCACCUUUAAGUGCUUUGUGGACGGUUUCUGACUUUCUUGGGCUUACAUUUUGCUUUUUUUUUUCCGGAGUUUUAUUCCUCGCCGAUCUGAACUUGCCAAACUGAAAUUUUGUCUCCUUUUUAUCCAUAGUAUUAUUAUAUAUUUAUUAAUUAAGGGUCAUUGUGGACUGAAGGUGUGAAGGAAACAGGGAAUAUUUUUUAUUUUUUGUCUUUAUUUUUGUAAACAAAGCAGAAGUUCUUUUAUUUUUUUAAAAAGUGAGAGGGGAAGGGGGGGUUGUUUGGUUAUUUAACACUAAAAGACCAUGGAGAAGAGGCACUUGUCUUUGGAGAAUGGUAGCUAUAAAGUGACCAUAGAUGAGAAAAAUGGACAGCUGAUUCCAAACGGGACUGCACAGGAGACAGAUCUGUGCCGGAAUGGAUCAGUCAAAGGAGAGAUCGUCUUCCCUCCAAACUUCAGGGAAGGCAUCCCAGAACGAGACACAUGGACCAGCCAGAUGGAUUUUAUGAUGUCCUGUGUGGGCUUUGCGGUGGGUCUCGGCAACGUGUGGAGGUUCCCAUACCUGUGCUACAAGAAUGGAGGAGGUGGGUUGAACUUAGAAUACCAGCCACUUGGAUGGAGAGGUGUCUUCCUCAUUCCCUACCUAGUGAUCGCUAUUUUGGGAGGUAUCCCCAUUUUCUUCCUGGAGAUCGCUCUGGGACAGUUCAUGAAAGCAGGCAGCAUUGCCGUGUGGAACAUAGCCCCGCUCUUCCAAGGCAUUGGCUUUGCCUCAGUGGUGAUCGUGUUCUUCUGCAACACCUAUUACAUCCUGAUUCUGACAUGGGGCGUCUAUUACCUUGUAAAGUCCUUCUCCGCCGUCCUGCCCUGGUCGCACUGCAACAACACCUGGAAUUCGCUGGAUUGUGUGGAAAUCUUCAGGCAAGAAGACUGUACCAACGGCACGGCCAAUUCCACCUUUGGCAACUUGACCUGCAACGAACUGGCCGACAAGGUCUCGCCCGUCACUGAAUUCUGGGAGAACAAAGUGCUGCGUUUGUCCAGUGGACUGGAUGACAUAGGUUCUAUCAACUGGGAGCUGCUCUUGUGUCUGAUUGGCUGUUGGCUGCUGGUCUACUUCUGCGUCUGGAAAGGAGUCAAAUCCACAGGAAAGAUCGUCUAUUUUACAGCCACUUUCCCAUAUGUGGUUCUGCUUAUUCUCCUUGUCCGAGGUGCCAUGUUACCAGGGGCUGUUGAAGGCAUCAUUUACUAUCUGAAACCUGACUGGUCAAAGCUUGGGAGCGCCCAGGUGUGGAUUGAUGCCGGCACGCAGAUUUUCUUUUCCUACGCUAUUGGACUUGGAGCUCUGACCGCUCUGGGCAGCUACAAUCGCUUCAACAAUGACUGCUACAAGGAUGCCUUUAUACUCGCAGUUAUUAACAGUGGGACCAGCUUCUUUGCAGGAUUUGUGGUUUUUUCCAUCCUUGGCUUCAUGGCAAAUGAACAAGGGGUGGAUAUUUCAAAAGUGGCGGAGUCAGGGCCAGGUUUGGCUUUCAUUGCAUAUCCACGAGCCGUGAGUUUGAUGCCCGUGGCACCACUUUGGUCUGCUCUGUUCUUCUUCAUGCUGCUACUUCUGGGCUUGGAUAGCCAGUUUGUUGGUGUGGAAGGGCUCAUCACCGCCAUCUUGGAUCUGCUUCCAGCCCGCUAUUAUUUCCGCUUUCAGCGAGAGAUCGCUGUGGCCAUUUGCUGUGCUAUUAUGUUCCUCAUUGACCUGUCGAUGCUGACGGAGGGUGGAAUGUAUGUCUUCCAGCUCUUUGAUUACUAUUCUGCUAGCGGGAUGACCCUCUUGUGGCAGACUUUCUGGCAGUGCGUGGUGGUUUCUUGGGUUUAUGGUGCUGACAGGUUUAUGGAUGACAUUGCACGCAUGAUUGGGUAUCGUCCAUUCCCCUGGAUGAAGUGGUGCUGGUCUUUCAUCACCCCAAUUGUCUGUUUAGCCAUAUUUCUGUUCAACCUCAUCAACUAUAAGCCUCUAACGUACAACAACAGCUACACGUACCCCUGGUGGGGGGAAGCCAUUGGCUGGGGCUUUGCCUUGUCUUCCAUGCUUUGUGUUCCUGUUACCUUCUUGUAUAAAAUCUCACGUGCCAAGGGAUCAUUGAGAGAGCGUUGGCAGCAUCUGACGGAACCUAUAUGGGGAGCCCACCAUUUGGAGUACAUGGCGCCAGAUACAGAUGUCAAGAGCUUGACCACGUUAACCCCCGUGUCAGACAAUAGGGUGAUCAUCUUUGAGAGCGUCAUGUGAACGGAAUCCCCCUUGUGAACACACAAGCCAGCCGCAGCCAUGAGAUCUUACUCUCAACCAAGACGACUUUAAUCACCUUGAGCACCAGGACUUGCUCUGCCGAAUUCCAUCUCAUCUUCUGGUUCUGCUGAAGCCUUCUUGGCCACAGUCCCAACCCCCCAAAAUGUGAAUUCACAACCAAAAAAAAAACAACUUGUGACUCUUUUCCUUUUCCGUAUUGAUGCAGUUUAGUUAAAGCAAAGAGCCCACCAUUCUGUAAGGUGCAAUCUGGCAGGAGAGUGGCAUUUAAAUGAGGAGCCGUAAGCAAAAUCUGACAUCACAACAAGCUUAUUUCUCUGAUUUAUACCGUUGUCGUUUUUUUAAUUCCCAUCGAUUCAAACCUGCAGGAUUUUAUGUACAUCCCACUGCUUAACAGCCAUUGACCAAUGGGAUUAUAGCCUUGAUUUUAUCAUGGAAACAGUGUCCCUAAUGUAUUGAGCCAUUUUAACCUUACAGUUAAUAACCUGGAAUUUGCGAAGUACUUCCUACUAUCAAUCCAUUAACUAAAAGGCAUUUAUGCUCCUUAGGGAUGUAAGGAAGGGCUGGAGUUGAACUGAAGAAGGCAGAAGCAUAAGGGUGUUCUAUCUUACUGGAAAGAUAUCAGGGUUCUGUAGCAGUUACCCUCCGGUUGUCACCCAGCAGCAGGGGCCAACCCAUUCACAUCCAGUUGUAUAAUUGUAACUUCAAUAGAAAUGUGGGCUCUUCUGAGCAUGUUUGCAAUUUGCAAUAGUUAUUCUUAUCAUUGUAUAUUUUAUUGUAUGAGCAGUUAGCUACGUAAUAUCAUGAAUGAGUAAACUGAGUGCCCCCUGUUGUUUGGCCUAGGAAGAAUGACUUUAUCUUAUUUUAGAGAUUCAGGAAGCAUCUCUUGACUCUUUCAGCCCGUGUUUAAGACAAAACUAUUUGGCCUGUCUUUUUAAUCGAUAAAAUCUUGGGUAGAGAGGUGACGGACCAGGAGGAAAGACCUGGGGCUUUUAUCAGCUAUAAAGCACUGAUAGAGUCACAAUAAUAGUCUAGUGUUUGUCUGGAAGAUUCCUAGUCAUUUUCCAUAAUAUGCAACGGAUAAAUUGAGUUAAUGCACUGCUGCUUUAAGCUUAUUGCAUCCAACACAAAGCAGGUAGAUCCAAGCAACUCAACUUCAGCCUUCAGAUUACAGCUAAUAGGUCAAGGAUUAGAGAUCGUACUGCUAGAGAAAGACAAAUCCCCCGACGAAGGGCUCGCGCAUCGCUGCAACGCUAGUGAUUGUGUGCCAUUGUGUGCCAGAGUUUACUUGCGGUUCCAUCUUGUCGUGCCAUCUGACUGCCAACACUGGUUGCUUGUCUUCUAACCAAGGUUGAAUUGCGCCAUACAACCCGAAUUUGCACUUUUAUUUGUUAGAGGAUACGGUAUGGUGGCUAUGGACGUUGACUGUACACGUGUAGAAGACCUGCCGCCCGUGUUAACAAGCAUGUGCACCUAUUAACAACUCCUCUUCCUGGUAUGUGUCACUGCUGCUACAGCUGUCAAUGUGAAAAUGAGCCAUUUGCUUCAAGAGACAAUGAUGUAUAUCAGUAGAACAGUUAUUCUCACCCACAUUUAUUCAAUUUGACUACUGAGAGUCUUUCAGAGAAUUCUGUACAACACACUGGAUCGAAAACCCGUUCCAGACAUUGCCACCUUGUCUACUACAAAUCCAGAUUGACAUUCCUCUCUCUGCAUCUUUGUUUUUUUUUUUUUUUGAAGUU